CCGGGCUGCCAUCGCGGGCGCACGUCUCAGGCCUGUCUCCCGCGCCGCCGCCUCCUCCCAAGAUGCGUUACGUCGCAGCAUACCUUCUAGCGGUCCUCGGUGGCAACGAGUCUCCCACGUCAAAGGACUUGAAAAAGAUCCUCGACAGCGUUGGCAUUGAGACGGACGAUGAACGCAUGAACAAGGUUAUUAGUGAGCUGAAUGGAAAAAACAUCGAGGAUGUCAUUGCUCAGGGUAAUGGAAAACUUGCCAGCAUGCCGGCUGGGGGAGCUGUGGCAGUCUCUGCUGGAGGGGGCUCUGCUGCUCCUGCUGCAGCUGCUGCUCCUGCUGCCGCUGAGGAGAAGAAAGAAGAGAAGAAGGAGGAAUCUGAAGAAUCUGACGAUGACAUGGGAUUUGGCCUAUUUGAUUAAUUAUUUGUUAUAGAGAAAUUAUUAAAAUUCUUUGUUUUAAAUGUU